AUGAACCUAACUAUAGAAGAGCCUUCGAAGGUAAUAAAGAUGCGAAUGAACGAGGCUGGGAGCUGCAAACAGCCUCGGGAUGUCAGAGUGAUUCCUCGGCGCAAGGAAAUGGUAAGAGAAUCUGGUCAGAGACUGGAAGCACCGGAGACGAAGGAUUCAGUGGGAUUGUGUGAUGACGAGAACUGUCCGGAUGGGGCGAUGUUCAACACAAAGGAGGUUUCUAUCGACUUUUUCGACCUGAAUUCGACGGCCGGAAAGCAGAAGAGAGAAAGCAGGGGAGAGAACAACAGGACUAAAGGGGCAAUGCAUCUCUAUGGCUACAAGACGAUGGGGGCGGCGUUUGAAAGGAGUUUUAUCGAGACUGCGCUGAAGCACGACGUCCGGGUGAAGGAUAUAAGACAUGGAGAGGAUCUCAUAUUUAUAUACUUCUUUACUGUGGAGGACUCCAUAUCGUUUUACAGACAAUUUCUGCCGUAUGUGGAACUACACUUUUCUGAGACGAGCGACUUUGAGCAGGCACUCCUGCUUUCCUCCUCUGAGUGGGCUAGUAUUGCACUAUUGAACAUGAAUCCUGCAGAUUCCUCCCGGGGCAGAGAGACCUGUGCUUCAUCCUCCAAUGAGAAGGCAUAUUUGGAAGCAGACAGCUCUUCCGAAGGCAGGACCCACACAAACGAUUUGCACGGGUGCACGGGAGAAGGCUGUAUGCCCUGCUUUCAGUAUGAAGAGCCUGAUUCUGGCGUCUGGAAUAAGGAACUCCCCCAGGAAGCCGUUUUUGAAAAGAAAAUCGAGCACUUUUUACACCUCAGAAACUUUUUCUCGAAGAGCGAGGUGAAGACGAUGGCACAAAGCCUAGAGAUGGGGAACAUUGAAUUCAUCUUCAAGAACACCAAGGAGCUGGCUGUUGGAAGUCAGUCGAACAAGGUAAUGCAGGAGGCGAUAGGGAUGCUGCCUGAGGUCAGCAUUGCACGGGUCAUCCAGAACCUCGAAUACGACAUUGCCCCUAUAGCAGCAAACAAGCAUGGAGCAUAUACUAUCCAGAUGCUGAUUUCCGUGUCCAAGACACCGUUAACACAAAGGCUUCUAUCCAAGUACUUCAAGAGGUUUGGAAAGUUUCUGAUAACCCAUGAGAUCGGAAAUUACACGAUCCAGAAGAUACUCAGGUUCGAUCCCGACCUUAUUUUUGAGUUUUUCGUCUCGAAGAUAGAGGAUGUUGUGAGGAGCGAGCUUGGAAUAAAGGUUUUGAAAAGAUGUCUGGAGUUCUUUCCCGACAAGAAGCCCAUUUUAGUCCAGAAGGCCCGGGAGUACGGAAAGAACCUGAAUGUUCUGCUCCUCUAG